AUGAGUGAAACAGAGUUGAGGAAAAGACAGGCACAGUUCACAAGAGAAUUACACGGUGAUGAAAUUGGUAAAAAGACGGGUUUGAGUGCCUUGAUGUCAAAGAACAACACCGCUCAAAAAGAAGCUGUUCAAAAGUACUUGAAACAUUGGGAUGGUAAGACUGAUAAAGACGCCGAAGAACGUCGUCUUGAAGACUAUAACGAAGCCACACAUUCUUACUACAACGUCGUUACAGAUUUUUACGAAUAUGGUUGGGGUUCCUCUUUCCAUUUCAGCAGAUUUUAUCAAGGUGAGAGUUUUGCUGCCUCUAUAGCAAGACAUGAGCAUUAUCUGGCUUACAAAGCUGGUAUCCAAAAGGACGACUUGGUUCUUGAUGUUGGCUGCGGUGUUGGUGGUCCUGCAAGAGAGAUCGCAAGAUUCACUGGCUGUAACGUCAUCGGUCUAAAUAACAACGAUUAUCAAAUUGCAAAGGCCAAAUACUACGCUAAAAAAUUCAACUUGAGCGACCAAAUGGAUUUUGUUAAAGGCGAUUUCAUGCAUAUGGAUUUUGAGGAAAACACUUUCGACAGAGUUUACGCUAUUGAAGCCACUUGUCACGCUCCAAAGUUAGAAGGUGUGUACAGUGAAAUUUACAAGGUCUUAAAACCAGGUGGUACCUUUGCCGUUUACGAGUGGGUAAUGACCGAUAAAUAUGACGAAAACAAUGCUGAACAUAGAAAAAUCGCCUACGAAAUUGAAUUGGGUGAUGGUAUCCCAAAGAUGUUCCAUGUUGACGUGGCUAGAAAAGCUUUAAAGAACUGUGGUUUCGAAGUCCUUGUAAGCGAAGAUUUGGCCGAUAAUGAUGAUGAAAUUCCUUGGUAUUACCCAUUGACUGGUGAGUGGAAAUAUGUUCAGAACCUAGCCAAUUUAGCCACAUUCUUCAGAACUUCUUAUCUAGGUAGACAAUUUACUACUGCAAUGGUUACCGUGAUGGAAAAAUUAGGUCUAGCCCCAGAAGGUUCCAAGGAAGUGACUGCAGCUCUAGAAAACGCCGCUGUUGGUUUAGUUGCUGGUGGUAAAUCCAAGCUAUUCACUCCAAUGAUGCUAUUUGUAGCUAAGAAGCCAAAAGAGGCCGAAGCCUCCCCUGACACCUCUAAGAAGGCAACUCAAUAG